CAUAUACUGUAAAUUUCACGAAAUAAUAGAAAGAAAUAUAUAUAGAGAGAAUAAAAGGCUAGCUAGCUACAUAUUGGUGUAACAUACAUGUAUAUAAAAUUUGGUUUUCGGAGAGAUGUUUAGAGGAAGAAAAAGCUUUAAUUUCAUGUAGGUAGGUCAAAUUAAUAACACAACUGGAGGAAAUAAUAUUAAAUAAUAAUAAUAAUAAUUUAUUUUAAUGAAUAUCAAUGAUUAAUUAGUUGGUUAGAGAAAAAAAAAAUAUUAAACAAUUGAAUGCAAUGACAAAACCGAAUUCUCUAAACAAUGACUAUUAUAAAGAUUAAUGAAAUUGAAAGAGAGAUUAAUAUAAUCUUCCAUUUUCCAUUCAUCGUCAUUUGCAUUCUCCAAAAAUGUCCACACCUGUAGAGAGAGCUAACUAUAAGCUAUAACUAUAUUAACAUUAACAAAGUAGGCUUUUAAUUUGGAGUAGAAAUAUAUAAUAAAAUGAAGCUUCUAGCUCCUUUGUCAUCAUCUUCUUCUUCUUCUUCUUCCUCAGCUCUAAAAAAGCCUCAUCGGCAACUGUCUCAAUACCUUUUCUCUUUACUAGCUUUCAUUGUGUUCGUCACCAUUCUCUACAGUGAAGACUUCUUAUGCAUAUUUCGCCAGCAACUCAAACUCGAGUCUGCCGACUCGGACCGAGUCCUCUCUCGACCCGGUGAAGCAGAGAUAGUUUGGGAUAAAAAAGAGGUUAAUAUUGUAGAAGAAAAAGAAGAAGAGAAAUGGAAGAUACCGUUUGCAGUAGGGGAAAGUGAAGAAAGUUGCGACAUAUUUAGUGGGAGAUGGGUUUGGGAUGAGUCAAGACCUCUUUAUGAAGAGUCAGAUUGUUCUUAUAUACAAUCCCAAUUAACCUGUAUGGAACAUGGUCGUCCAGACAAGAAUUUUCGAAACUGGAGAUGGCAACCUCAUCGAUGUCAACUUCCCAAGUUCAAUGCGUCGCUUGUGCUUGAGUCCCUUAGAGGAAAGAGGAUGAUGUUCGUUGGAGAUUCUCUGAACAGAGGUCAAUUCCAAUCAAUGGUUUGUCUUGUUCAAUCACUCAUUCCUCCACAUGCCAAAUCCAUGCAAACCUUUGGCUCCUUGAUCGUUUUCACUGCCAAGGAGUACAAUGCUACAAUUGAGUUCUACUGGGCACCCUUUCUUCUUGAAUCAAACACAGACAAUGCUAUCGUCCAUAAAUUUAAUGAAAGAAUUGUGAGAAAAGGUUCUAUCAAUAAACAUGGAAACCAUUGGAAGAAUACUGACAUAUUAGUGUUCAACACUUACCUGUGGUGGAUGACCGGUUAUAAGAUGAACAUCUCGCGAAAACCUUUUGAUGACAAAAUUAAGGAUAUUGUUGAGCUGUCGACUGAUGAUGCUUAUCGUAUGGCUAUGAAGAGUAUGUUGAGAUGGGUACGGCGCAAUAUGGACCCUAAGAAGACAAGGGUUUUCUUCACUAGCAUGUCACCUAUUCAUGACAAGAGCAUAGGUUGGGGUGGGAAAGCAGGAGGGAAUUGCUACAACGAAACGAAGAUAAUAGAAGAUCCAAAUUAUUGGGGUUCAGACAGAAGGAGUAUACUAAAAGUGAGUGGAGAUGUGUUGAGUAAGUCAAAAUAUCCAAUAACAUUUCUGAACAUCACACAACUCUCAAGCUACCGUAAAGAUGCACACACAUCAAUCUACAAGAAGCAAUGGAAUCCACUCACUCCCCACCAAUUGGCCAAUCCCAUUAGCUAUGCCGAUUGUGUGCAUUGGUGUUUGCCUGGACUUCAAGACACUUGGAAUGAGCUUCUUUUUGCCAAACUCUUUUACCCUUCUUCUUCAUCAUCAUGAUUCAUCAUUAUUUAAAUCCACUCUUUAAUUACUUCAUACUAUUGGAUUAAUUACUGGAAUCACAUUUCAUCACUUCAUAUGGGAUCAUGUACAGUUUACUCUUUUUUUUUUUUCUCAUUUGAUCAAGUGUAAAUUAAUUUAAUGAAAGGAGAAAAGAGAAGAACAUGAUAAUUUCUACAUAGAAUUAUUUUGGGUUUGAGCCUAAUCGAUUCUGGAAAGUGUACUCUUCUUUGUCAGUAUUCCUCUAUUCACUUAUUUAUAAGAUAGUAGUUACCAUACAAAUCAUAAUUGGCCUCCCCAUACUAAUUAUAAUAGAUAUAAAGCUUAUGAAACAUUUGAAUCUAUGGUGGCUGAAUGUUAAACCGUUUAUUUCAAUUGUUCAAAUGUAUGUUCACAUAUAUCUUGUUGUUGUUGUUUUUUUUCCCUGUGAUUCAUAUACUGCUGCUUUUAUUUGAUAUGACAAGGUUCCUUCUUAGAAAUUGCAGGGUCUCUUUAGCGAAGUCAUUCUCAUGGGGAGGGUAAAUUCAGUGGUGGCCCAAGCUAGAGGCAAGAAGGGCAAUUGCCUAAGGCCCAUUACUAAGAGAGGCCUCUUUUUUUUUACAUCAAAACUACUUCAAAUACAACCUACAGCAAGUUAUAACAACUAUAAUAUAUAUAAUUUCAAAUAGUCCAUAUCUCCAAACUCAUGCAUUCACAAUAUUCAUAAUAAUAAACCAUGAAAUGAUACUUUUUUUUUUUUAGGGAAAAUACUUAGUUAUUAUUAACCAAUCAAGAUUCGUUUACAAUAACCGAGUAUAUAGGCGGAGGAAUAAUCUCCAACCAAGUACAAGCCUCAUCCAACCCUAAUGCAAAUUUAGCUAGCCCAUGCGCUGCAUUAUUAGCAGAACGAUAGACAUGUGACA